GUAACUAAUCAGAUCGCGUCAGAUGGCGGGUCAACUCGACAGUGUCAUCCCACUGAAGAUGCUGCAUGAUCCUUCUCUGAGUGCGCAAGACGCUACGAACGCGGCAUGCGAAGAUUUGAUCCAAUCGAAAAGAGUCUUCCAGGAAGCCGAGUCCUCAUUGUCGGACAGUGACGCGUUCAGACAGCUGAGCGCGGCCACCAAGGCUGACGUUCGCACGCUCCUCACGGGAUGCAAGAAUAUGAUGGUGGGCAACGUGAAGUGGUCGUAAGUCCCGUUCCACUCGAGGUUCUGCCAGCUCUCACAAUUCUAACCGGUUACUUCGGAGCAUAGACUCGCGAAUGACCGGUAUCUUUCUCGGAAGGAUUCCCAAGAUCGCGCCGUUCGACUCCACCUAUGAUACCGUCCCCGCGCCCAUUGUGUGUUUCUCCAUUGGUACUUUAUCUUGUUGUAGGAAGGAGGGGCAUUCGGGAAACCUUGGUCCUCUAUCUAGCUCGCGUUAUCGAUUG